GCAGUGAGGCCAGGAACAGCACAAGAUGGCGGACGUGCUGAGCGUCCUGCGUCAGUAUAAUACACAGAAGAAGGAGAUUAACGUUAAGGGGGACGAGGUCAUUUUCGGGGAGUUCUCGUGGCCCAAGAAUGUCAAAACCAACUAUGUUAUCUGGGGGACUGGAAAAGAAGGCCAACCCAGGGAAUACUAUACGCUUGACUCAAUCUUAUUUCUGCUCAACAAUGUGCAUCUGUCUCACCCUGUCUAUGUCCGGCGUGCUGCCACUGAAAACAUUCCUGUGGUCAGAAGACCCGACAGAAAGGAUCUGCUUGCUUACUUAAAUGGGGAGACAUCGACGUCUGCUAGUAUAGACAGGAGUGCACCGCUGGAAAUUGGACUUCAGCGAUCCACACAAGUGAAAAGAGCAGCAGAUGAAAACUUGGCAGAGACCAAGAAACCAAGGGUAGAGGAUGAAGAACGAGUGCGUCUUGACAAAGAGCGGCUGGCCGCUCGAUUGGAAGGUCACAAAGAAGGAAUUGUGCAGACAGAACAGAUUCGAUCACUUUCAGAAGCUAUGUCUGUUGAGAAAAUCGCUGCUAUUAAAGCCAAAAUCAUGGCGAAAAAAAGAUCAACCAUCAAAACCGAUCUGGAUGACGACAUAACUGCCUUAAAGCAGAGAAGUUUUGUGGACGCAGAAGUAGAUGUUACAAGGGAUAUUGUCAGCAGAGAGCGAGUCUGGAGGACAAGAACAACCAUUUUACAAAGUACAGGCAAAAAUUUUGCAAAAAAUAUAUUUGCCAUUCUUCAGUCUGUGAAAGCGAGAGAAGAGGGACGCGCACCUGAACAGAGGCCGGCACAAACCACAGCUCCUGCGGACCCAACAUUAAGGAGCAAACAACCUAUCCCAGCAGCGUACAACAGAUACGAUCAGGAACGGUUUAAGGGCAAAGAGGAAACGGAGGGAUUUAAGAUCGACACUAUGGGAACAUACCACGGGAUGACACUGAAGUCUGUGACUGAAGGCGCCUCUGCUCGAAAGACUCAGACUCCAGCUGCUCAACCUGUGCCAAGACCAGUUUCCCAAGCAAGACCGCCUCCAAACCAGAAGAAAGGUUCACGUACACCUAUAAUAAUCAUACCUGCCUCUACCACCUCUCUGAUAACAAUGCUAAAUUCAAAAGAACUUCUGCAGGAUCUCAAGUUUGUUUCCUCAGAUGAAAAAAAGAAGCAGGGCUGUCAGCGAGAUAAUGAAACCUUAAUUCAGAGGCGAAAGGACCAAAUGCAACCAGGAGGCACCAGUAUUAGUGUUACCGUCCCAUACAGAGUCGUAGACCAGCCACUGAAACUGCUGCCACAGGACUGGGAUCGUGUAGUGGCUGUGUUUGUUCAAGGCCCUGCUUGGCAGUUCAAAGGGUGGCCGUGGGUCUUGCCUGAUGGAUCACCUGUUGAUAUAUUUGCAAAAAUUAAAGCUUUCCACCUCAAAUAUGAUGAACACAAAAUAGACUCAAAUGUACAGAAAUGGGACGUGACACUUUUAGAAUUAAGUUACCAUAAGCGGCACUUGGACAGACCCGUUUUCCUGAGAUUCUGGGAAACAUUGGACAGGUAUAUGGUGAAACACAAAUCCCACUUAAGAUUCUGAAUGCCUGGACGCAUCCUUUGCUACCUGAGACGAAUGGAUUGUGACUCCGCUCCCAUCUGGAGAUUAAGACUGUUCAGAUUUGUAAAAUUACCCACCUUGAGCAAACCGAUCUUCAGAGUCCUGAUGGUUUAAGGACAAAUUGCAAUCAUUUAGUUAACGAGGAUAGCAUACUAUUUUUAGCUAACGUCUGCAUUGUCUGCAAUUCAAAUUGACUAUUUUGAUAGGGAAAAUAUCCUUUUUUUUUUUUUUUUAAGCAAUAUUUUGCCCCUACAAAGACAGUACUGAGUUCCUGAUGUGUAAGCUGCAUCUUCUCUAAUGUACACUGCUAUUUUUUGUUUGAAUAUGUUCCUUUUUAAAAAACAAACAAAAAAUCUAAAAAAAAACCUCAGUUCAUCACCUGUAAUUAUCAAUCAUGUUACAUGCAGAAUCACUGGUAAGCACUGCACUGGCAGUAUGAUGCGUCUCCGACAGUUGGAUAGGAAAACUGCAUGUUGGGUACAAAAACCAGUGUUUUUUUUUUUUUGUUUUGUUUUUUGUUCAUCGGAAAAAUGUAGAUAAAGUUUAUUUCAAAGGUAUUUUUUCCCCCCUCCUUCUGCAAACCUAUAAAGUUGUUAAAAAAAGAAAUAAAAAUAAAAAACAAAUUAAAGUUAAAAUGAA